GUUCGGUUGACCCAAAAUCUGUGACAGCUCGCGCGUGCAGAUGAUGGCGGUAAAUAAAAGCCGCACGCAAAACCGCAAAUGAAGAAAAUAUAUCGGCAUCGACCGAAAAAAGCUCGUAUUCCUUCUUCAAGCUCACUUUUCCUCAGCUUCUGGCUAUCGUGGGAGAGUACACGCCGGGCCCUAAAGUUUCUGUUUCCGCGCUGUGUGGUUUGAGCGGGUCUGUGACUUUAAUCGGCGUUGACCUCCUGGUGUUUUGUUUAAAGAUUUAAAGUGAAGUUGAGCUGCGGCUCUCCCUUCAGCUGCCUACUCGGCACCCCGCGGCUCGGCGCCUCGGCCACGGCGGCGCGGGCGACUGACCUGCGAAGUUUCUGUGAGCGGGUUUCGGGAGGGCUGGUCUGAGUGUUCUUUGUUCUGGGUGUCACGCAAGGCUAAUGCUGUUGACUUAAUGUGAAUGAAGAAAAUUUUCCUUCUAAGGUUGUGAUGCUCAACGCAUGCCUAUUAAAGCAUUUAUGAGACUACUUUCACGGCUCAGGGUUGUCAUGGCGCAGUGGUGUGGCUCUUGACUUUGAGACCACAUGUGCGUUGGGAGAGAUGGACCGCUGUAAGCACGUGGUCCGUCUCCGUGUGGGCCACGACCACUCUAUCCUGAACCCUCUGAAAUGGCGCUGCGUGGACUGCCACACCACCGAGUCUGUGUGGGCCUGUCUGAAGUGCUCUCACGUGGCCUGUGGUCGCUACAUAGAAGAGCACUCCCUCCGGCACUACCAGGAGACCCAGCACCCACUGGCGAUGGAGGUCAGAGAACUGGAUGUCUUCUGCUUUGCCUGCGAGGACUAUGUACUGAACGAUAACGUUGAGGGGGACCUGAAGCUCCUGCGCGGGGCGCUGUCCACUGUGCGCAGCCCGGGACAACGCUCGAUGCGUUCAGCGUCGGCUGGGGAGUGUUCUGUACGCGUGGUGGGGGAGGGGGCAGGUCCACGGCCAGCCAUGCAGGUGGCCCUGCGGCACCGCCGAAGGGUGCUGCUAGGUGGUGCUCUUCGGCUGUGGAGGAGCCGGCAGCAGGAAAUGCAGAGGAAGCGUGAGGAGGAGCAGAGGAGGCGUGAGGAGGAGCAGGAGCAGGAGAGGGAGGAGCUGAGAAGGCAACGACGGGAGGUGAAGAAAAGGCUCAUGGGAGAGCAGGCCAAGGUUCCACCCAGGAAGAGCGCCCGCCUCCUCACACAGGCACCUCGCCCCACGCUCUCUCUAAUCCCACGCAAGUUCCGCGACCCACCCGAGAGACCGCCUCCACCACCCAAACAGCCCCUGCAGCCCUUGUCCAACAAGCUGCUCUCCAACAAGCCCAACAAACCACUCCGAAACCGUGGCAAACUGCGUAGGUACUACGUUUCCCAGACACCCCGGCGCAGGCGCCUGGCACCGGGCGUCACUGGGCUUCGGAACCUGGGCAACACUUGCUAUAUGAACUCGAUCCUGCAGGUGCUGAGUCAUCUGCAAAAGUUCAGGGAGUGCUUCCUCACACUGGACCUGUGCGAGACCGAGGAGCUGCUGGCUAAGACCAAGCACUCGCAGGGCUUGCGUGGGGUCUCGGCAGGUGUGAUGGGAAGUGCCAGUGCCCUCAGUGCCCUGGGCCGAAUGGGGCGUGCGAGUGGUGCAUUAGCAGUCACCGGAAACCAGCAGAGUAGCGCUGUGGAGCUGGUGCAACCGAAUGAGCCGCGUUCCUCCUCCCGCCAGCAGGUGUCACUGUGCCAUGAGUUGCACACACUGUUCAGGGUGAUGUGGUCGGGCCGGUGGACGCUGGUGUCACCCUUUGCCAUGCUGCACUCGGUGUGGAACCUGAUCCCAGCGUUUCGUGGCUAUGACCAGCAGGACGCCCAGGAGUUCCUGUGCGAGCUUCUGGACAAGGUCCAGCAGGAGCUGGAGUCGGACGGCAGCCGCAAACGUAUCGUCAUCCCCAUCACGCAGAGGAAGCUCUCCAAACAGGUGCUCAAGGUGCUCAACACCAUCUUCCACGGACAGCUGCUGAGCCAGGUGACGUGUCUGUCCUGUAAGCACAAGUCGAACACAGUGGAGCCAUUUUGGGAUUUGUCUCUGGAGUUCCCAGAGCGCUACCACAGCCUGGAGAAGCCCAGCGCAGCUGCCUGUCAACGGAGCUGCACGCUCACCGAGAUGCUCGCCAAGUUCACAGAGACCGAGGCUCUCGAGGGCUGUAUCUACGCAUGCAACUUCUGCAACAGAAAGAGGCGCAAGUCUUCGCACAAGCCGUUGGCGCUGUCCGAGGCAUGCAAACAGCUGCUGAUCUACCGUUUACCUCAGGUGCUGCGGCUUCACCUUAAACGCUUCCGCUGGUCGGGCCGAAACCACAGGGAGAAGAUAGGUGUCCACGUGGCGUUCGAUCAGGUUCUGAACAUGGAGCCAUACUGCUGUUCGGACUCGCGCUCCUCUCUACACCGACAGGCCUACACCUACGACCUGUCUGCUGUAGUGAUGCAUCAUGGGAAGGGCUUUGGCUCUGGACACUACACUGCCUACUGCUAUAACACAGAGGGGGGUUUCUGGGUCCACUGUAAUGACUCUGAGAUGAACGUGUGUAGUGUGGAGGAGGUUUGCAGUACUCAGGCCUACAUCCUGUUCUACACACAGCGAUCAUCUUAAAACUACCAAACACAUGUAUGUUUAGCUUGGCUACUCAACAUGUGUGUUUAGGCUGGACCUUACGACUCAAUGUGUGUGUUUAGAACAUGCCCAGCUACCCAACACUUGAGUUUAGCUCAGGCCUAGCUACUCAACACAUGAGUGUUUAGGAACAGCCUGACUACCUAACAGGAUGAACAGGUGUGAUAACCCAACACAGCUGUGCUUAGGUCAGGUAUAUUUCUCUACUGAGGUAUUCUUAAUCAGGGCCUGAGUCUUUUAGGCCAGGCCUGUCACUCAGCUCCAUAGCCACACUUGGUCUCCUCAGACCUUAUCUCAGAGAUUUUUUUUUUUUCUCUUUUUUUUCCCUUUUUUUUUUUCUACACACUGAAUUCAGCUGGUUCAGAUCCACAUGAAGACUCUGCUAUAAACCUGCUCUCAGGACUCACCUCAGCUGCGAGUGAGCUGAAGGACUUGGAGGAGAGAGGGGUUCUCUGCUGGCACACUCAAUUCACCAGGGCAUUUGAGACCGGCCUCUGCACACUGGCCCUGACCUGCAGCACUGCCAUUCGCUGCCGGAGAGUGGGGUCUGCUGGAGCUGGUUGCCAAGGUUAUGGACUUGGUGCUGUUUGAUGGGGAGUGGUGACGACUGCAGGCUAAGGCCAGUGCUCUGUGAGGCUGGUCACUUUUUUUGCUGGAAAACUGAAGGAUUUUAUGGAAGACAGACUGCUGGGUCCAGAUCGGAGAAGGCAGACUGGAAGAUGCCUCUGUCGACCUUUACCACAGGACAGGAAAUGACACACUCCAAUCAGGAGGUCCUCAGCUUUGUCAUACGGUUGUUUUGUUUUUCUACUGUUGUUUCUAAUGUGGAUAGUAAAGUUUCUUUGCCAGGGAAA